AUGUCUGUCAUCUUAUCCAGGAUCGAUGGCAACACGGACGGCUUCGAAUUGCGAGUACGGUUCAGCAAGUCGUCCGUGUCGUUCAACAACCCUGUUGACAGUUCCGGUGAAACUGGGCUGGGUGCAUACGUAGGCUGCCAGACAGCUAUCUCGUCUCAUCCGAAUUAUAAGACGGUCCGGCGCAACGGUCCGAGAACUAAGCGUAUAGGGGGCUCAUUGAUGCUGGACGGAAUCAAGCACAAGCUUGCCAAAUGCCCAUCACAUGGAUUGACAUCACAUGGCGUCGACCUCCUCAUGGCCCGACAUCCUUUCGGCGAGGUGCAGAGCUGGCAGGACAGAGCGAUCCCUUUCGUUUCACGGCCUUUCCGGAUCGCCGCCAUGUGA